AUGAAUGUAGUCAAAGAAACUAAAAUGCAACAGCAACAACAACAGUUGCAGCAAAAAUUGUUCAAAGAUCAGAAUGAAAAUGUUACGAAAAAUUCGAAGAGUUCGGCGACAGCUGUUGCGGGUAAGCAUACGCGAAAUGUGACAAACACCAGCAAUAAUUGCAUUAAUGGCAGCAACAACAUUACUAUAAAUAAUAACAACUGCACCGGAAUAUUAUGGGCAACAGCAACAGAAAAGCAACAGCAGCAACAAAAGCAAUAUAACAAAUUGGCAGCAACAAGUGCUGUACCGGAGUGCGCUAAUGCUCCAAAAUUUGAGAGAUCGAGCAGUUUUUCAAUAAAGGGUAGACUGUCGAAGCUUAUUAGCUCGAUAACGAAUAGUAAAGAGAGUCUAAAUGCAAAUGAGAAAGAACACGAACUACCUUUUCAAUUUACGCGCAGCCGAUCAUUGAUUUUGCCGAAGCGAACAAGUCGUAGAAGCCUGGUUGAGCCACAACUGGAACAGUUAUCGGAAGAGGUCGAGAAGUUGAGCGAUCUCACAUUGCCUGCUUCACCUAGAAAAAAUUCAAUGGAAUCGACAGAUUCAAAAGCGGAGGAAACGUCGAUUUCUGCCGUUAUUGUCUCACCGCCCAUAGAAAUUCCCAAAAAUUCCCAACAAAGUGCGACAUCAACGCCUAUCUUGAAAAGUCCAAAUUCGAUUUCGUUUGAUCCCCAUCAAAAUUUUAAGCGACUACGAUCCAAUACAUUCAUUUCCUCAUUUAAAAGUACCUUUGCCGGGCUAACUGGUGAGAAAAAAAAAGAAAAACUUAAUCCCAAAUGGAGUGCUUCAUUGCAAUCAUUGCAGGCGAUUGAUAAUAUGGUCAGCUAUGAGAAUAUGUCGUUUAUCGAUUAUGAUAAAUUUAAUGGCUACGAAAAGCACUUGGAACGACAAUUAUCGCAGAUUAGUUUAAUGGAACCUAAUCAGGAUAUGCAAAUGCCGCAGCUGGCUGAUUGUAAUGUGAUAACUGAGGACACAUCCUCUACACUAUUAAAUGUUGCCGUUACCCCAGUGUGUAGCACGACAUCGAGUGUGUUUGUUGCCCCCCAGACGGUGAUACGGCGUCGGCAGCGUAUUUCAUCACACAACAGCUCCUCACGUGCACUGGCCGAACGUCAUAGUGCCUCGCGUCAUAGUUUUCAUUUGGAUACGGACUAUGAACAUAAUUUGGAUAAGCCGCGCAAUGUUUAUCGUGAUAGUUUAGAUUCGCGUAAACUCGAAAUACUCAAUUCUUUGUCGCGUAGCUCUUUCAUAUUAGAUAGUAAUAUUAUCGAUGUUUUGGAUUUGGCGGACGGUUCGCUCGGUAAACGUAAAAGAGGUGCUUAUCAAACCAAUAAUCCAAGAGAAACGGGAGGUAUAGAUGUUGUUGAUGCUAGGCAAAAUAAACAGGUAAAUUAAUAUCCUCAGUUGCGUUUUACAUAACAUUAGUCCCAGCAGUCUACCGGAGCACAUUGUACGAAUGUUAAGUUAUCAAAAAUUGGUGAUAUGUGAAGCAACAAAUAAAACGUAACAGAAAAAUUUUAAAGAAGAACGAAGAAAUAUAAGCAAAGAAAAGAACAAAAUUGUACUCGGCCAUAAACUAAAGUACAUAUGCCUGCAUGUGUUUGCAUAUAUGUAUCAUAGAUAUAUACAUAUAUAUUUAUAUUUAUA